AUGUUCGAGCUCCGCCAGACAUGGAAGUACGGAAACUGUUGGACCAUAAGCAACAAACUCUUUCAGGCCAAUAAGAGCGGACCAACAGGAGGCCUAUCACUGGUCCUGUAUCUCGAGGCGGGCGAGUACCUCAAAGGAUUUACGACAGGGCACGGUAUAAGGGUACAAGUACAGAAGAGGGGGGAAAUAUCCUUCCCAGAGGACGAGGGCCUCUACACUGCACCUUCGUUUGAAACGGAUAUAGCGUUGAAAUUGAAUUCUAUUUCACGACUAGGAGGUAAAUAUGGAAACUGCAACGAUGGGAAAGAGUUCAGCAAGCUAUAUGGAAGGGAAUAUUCCAGAAGGCGUAACGGUGUGGAACGUAACGGUGAUGACAUUCGGGAAUUCUGA